UGUUUUGUCAACGUAAUGAACACCGUCGAGCGAGUCAAAGCGGAAACGGCGUCCACGGCAGCAGUCAUGGCGUCGACGGCAGCGGCCCGAGCGGCUGCUGGUGCCGCCAGAGUUGUCAAACCGAUAUUUAGCCGAGACCUGGACGAAGCCAAGCGCAGGGUCCGGGAGCUCUACCGAGCCUGGUACCGAGAAGUUCCCAACUCAGUUGCGAUUUUCCAGCUGGACAUAACGACGCGUCAGGGAAGAGACAAAGUGAGGGAGAUGUUCGACAAGAACAAACACGUCACUGACCCUCGUGUGAUCGACAUGAUAGUUAUUAAGGGUAAACUUGAACUCGAGGAAACAAUCAACGUCUGGAAGCAGAAGACCCACGUAAUGCGCUAUUUCCAUGCGACAGAAGAACCCCGUCCCACUGACUUCCUGUCCAAAUUCUACAAGGGUCACGACCCGUGAACUUUGUAGCUGCUAAAUCUCUUCCACCACUUUCCCUGUUGUCAGUGUAACAGAUGUUCCCCUGUACUGUAAAUACACACUUAACUCUCA